AUGCCUCGCGUCUGGUUCAUCACUGGUUGUUCGUCCGGUCUCGGACGCCAAUUGGCCAUCACAGCGGCCAAACACCAAGACCGAGUCGUUGCGACAUCGCGCGACCCAUCUAAGCUAUCCGAUUUGGUGGAUCUCGGAAUUAUCGUGAAGAGACUGGACUUGCGCAGCAACGAUGAGGAAAUCCGCGCUGUAGUGGAUGAAGUCGCUUCCACCGUUGGGCCAAUCGAUAUCCUCGUCAACAACGCCGGUUACGUCCUCGAAGGAGCCGUCGAAGAAUGCAGCGACCAAGAAAUCAAGGACGAGUUCGACACAAACGUCUUCUCUCAGAUACGGGUAUUGCGCGCUGUCCUGCCAUCCAUGCGUGCGCGACGAUCUGGGGUCGUGGCCAAUCUGGGGUCCAUCGGGGGAUGGAGAGGGCCCCCAGCAGUUGGUAUGUACUGCGCCAGUAAAGCCGCCAUAGCCAUCUACACCGAGUCCCUGCGGGCCGAGCUUGCGCCAUUCAACAUCGACGUGACCUGUGUCGAGCCGGGGUAUUUCCGCACGAACGUCUUGACAGGAGGGCAUAAAGUCACCGCUAAGAACCGGAUCCCGGAGUUGGACGCGGGAACACAGGCGACCCGUGAUGCGUUGGCUGCAUACAGUCUACGACAGCCUGGGGACCCGGUGAAAGGGGCGCAGGUGCUGUUCGAGGCGUUGACGAAGACGGGUCGAUGUGCGUCUCGUCAACUACCUGGGAGAUUGGCACUGGGCCGUGACUCCAUCGAUGCGAUUGGAGCAAGCAUGGCAAAAGAGCAGGCCAUGCUGGAUAGUUGGAGGGAUAUCAUUGAGUCGACAGAUUGUGACGAUGUUCGGGCUAGUUGA